AGUGGAUAUUUGCAGCUCAUUUCUUCAAUAUCAUCUAGAGAGAGCAUGUUCCUGUGGCGCGCUCGUCGCCCUGAGGAUGCAAUCCAGAAGAUCAUAGAGGAAGCGGUGGCGGCAGAUAAAGCUGGGAAAUACGCAGAGGCAGUGGAGCUGUAUGCGUCGGGCAUCGAAAAGAUGAUGGCGCAGAUGGCUCGUACGUUGAAGUGAUAAAAAUCCCCAUUAAACACUGGUUCUGACAUUUAUCGGAGUGUAGAGCUGCCAAAUGAAGAAGCUCAGACGCAUAUGCGCCAAAAGAUUAACGAGUACAUGCUACGUGCCGAGCACAUCAAGGAAUGGAUGGCGGAGCAGGCGCGCAAGCAGCAAACACAGGUCGGUCCAGAGAAGAGUAUUGGGAAAUAGUGCUCGUGAGUUUUUUUUUUACGUAUGUUUUACUGCAAUGCGCAGAAUGCAUCGGUGUCGAAUACGCAGGGGAACAAUGCUCCCACUUCUAGUGGUCGACAGCAGAGAACAGGGUACUCGAAGCAGCAUGCAGAGCAUGCUCAUACAAUUCUAGAUGAAGUGUUGGACCAUUCACCUGGAGUGCAUUGGACGGAUAUUGCGGGGCUGGAAAUUGCAAAGCAGAUUCUGCAGGAGGCUGUCAUUCUGCCUACAUUGCGUCCGGAUUUAUUCACGGGUUUACGAGCGCCACCACGCGGGGUGUUGCUGUUCGGACCACCAGGCACAGGAAAAACUUUACUGGCAAAGGCUGUCGCUACAGAGGCCAAGGCAACCUUCUUUAAUAUCUCUGCGUCAUCUCUGACUUCCAAGUGGGUGGGUGAAGGCGAGAAACUGGUUCGAGCGCUGUUUGAGAUGGCCCGAGAGUUGCAGCCUUCUGUAGUGUUCAUGGAUGAGAUCGACGCCUUGCUGUCGACUAGAUCAGCGUCCGAGAACGACGCAAGCAGAAGAAUCAAGAACCAGUUUUUCACUGAGCUUGAUGGAGCCGCGUCGUCACAAGAGGAUCGAAUUCUUGUCAUGGGAGCAACAAACCUUCCCCAGGAACUCGACGAGGCUAUUGUUCGCCGUUUGGAGAAGCGCAUUUAUGUGCCUCUCCCGGAUGCUUCUUCUCGCGAAGGACUUAUUCGGCAUUUACUAAGUAGCCAGAAAUUCUCUAUGUCAUCCAGAGAUUUCAAACAGAUCGUGAAGGCAACAGAAGGAUACUCUGGCAGCGAUCUCAAAGCUGUAUGUAAGGACGCUGCUCUAGGCCCAAUUCGCGAGCUUGGAGCGAGAGUAGCAAACGUCAAGGCCGAGGACGUACGAGGAAUCAACGCUUCUGACUUUCAGGUGGCGCUCACACGAGUCCGUCCAAGUGUAUCCUCAAGAACGAUACAGGACCUGGUUGCGUGGAAUGAACAGUACGGAGUGUCUGCAGUAUGACAAGCGCGAUUCGUGAGCUCUAUUUCCAAAGUUUAUGCCUUCCGCUCGUAGAUCAUCAAGUACGACUCGGAUACGCCGAUUAGCUGUGGCAUCGUUUCCUGCACGUGCAGAUCUUGGAUUUCGUACCACUGCUCAGUUGCCUAUGACAGAUAAAUUCACAGUACAUCAUCAGUUUUUUUGUUGAAUUUGCAAACAACAGCUUCUCAAACCACGUACUCUAUUCUGGACGUGGACACGAUAGCUGCCUUCGGUCAGAGGGUUCGUUUGGAGC